AUGACUCCAUUAGGCCUCUCGUAUGAUGAUGAUGGUAUGUCCCCGGGGAAGUGUCUUCGCAUUACUCUAAGAGAACUUUUCCAAAGUUUCAACGUUGCUCCAAGAGAACCUUUCCAACGUUUCAACGUUGCUCCAAGAGAACCUUUCCAACGUUUCAACGUUGCUCCAAGAGAACCUUUCCAAUGUUUCAACGUUGCUCCAAGAGAACCUUUCCAACGUUUCAACGUUGCUCCAAGAGAACCUUUCCAACGUUUCAACGUUGCUCCAAGAGAACCUUUCCAACGUUUCAACGUUGCUCCAAGAGAACCUUUCCAAAGUUUCAACGUUGAUUCAGAGAACGUUUCAACAUUGCUCCAAGAGAACCUUUCCAACGUUUCAACGUUGCUCCAAGAGAACCUUUCCAAAAUGUCAAUCUCAAGCAACCUCAAAGUUCUUCCGAUCACAAGUCACCCGUGUCAAAGAUGA